ACCGGCGGCUGCGGCGGGGCGGGAAGCCAUGGAGCCGCGGGCGCUCGUCACGGCGCUCAGCCUCGGCCUCAGCCUCUGCUCCCUGGGGCUGCUCGUCACGGCCAUCUUCACCGACCACUGGUACGAGACCGACCCCCGGCGCCACAAGGAGAGCUGCGAGCGCAGCCGCACCGGCGCCGACCCCCCGGACCAGAAGAACCGCCUGAUGCCGCUGUCGCACCUGCCGCUGCGGGACUCGCCCCCCCUGGGGCGCCGGCUGCUCCCGGGCGGCCCCGGGCGCACCGACCCCGAGUCCUGGCGCUCGCUGCUGGGGCUCGGCGGGCUGGACGCCGAGUGCGGCCGCCCGCUCUUCGCCACCUACUCGGGCCUCUGGAGGAAGUGCUACUUCCUGGGCAUCGACCGGGACAUCGACACCCUCAUCCUGAAAGGUAUUGCACAGCGAUGCACAGCUAUCAAGUACCACUUUUCUCAGCCAAUCCGCUUACGAAACAUUCCUUUCAAUUUAACCAAGACAAUACAGCAAGAUGAAUGGCAUCUGCUUCAUUUAAGAAGAAUUACUGCCGGCUUCCUGGGCAUGGCCGUGGCCGUCCUGCUCUGCGGCUGCAUUGUGGCCACGGUCAGUUUCUUCUGGGAGGAGAGCCUGACGCAGCACGUGGCUGGACUCCUUUUCCUCAUGACGGGGAUAUUUUGCACCAUUUCCCUCUGCACUUAUGCUGCCAGCAUCUCCUAUGAUUUGAACCGGCUCCCGAAGCUAAUUUAUAGCCUGCCUGAUGAUGUGGAACAUGGCUACAGCUGGUCCAUCUUUUGCGCCUGGUGCAGUUUAGGCUUUAUUGUGGCAGCUGGAGGUCUCUGCAUCGCUUAUCCGUUUAUCAGCCGGACCAAGAUUGCACAUCUAAAGUCUGGCAGGGACUCCACAGUAUGACUGUCCACACUCAAGUUCACUGCUCGGUGACCCGUCCACAAUGCGGACGACUCCUGAGAGGCACGGAGCAGAGUUUGCGUCAGGAUCCCAAGCACAAAAUGGUCUUUUACAUUCCAACCUGUUGCCUGCCAGCCCUUUCUGGAUGACUGAUAUGAAAUCAUGCAAAACCUCCAUACCUUUCUAAGGACAAGCCUACUGUGGAUUCAAGUGCUUUAAUGACUAUUUAUGCUUUGACUGUGAGAAAUAGGGAGUAGUGCCAUGGGACAUUUCCAGGUUUAGAAAAAGAGGAAACUGCAAUGGAAAAAUUUGUAUGAUUGCCAUUUAUUUCGGAAAGUUUGUAUAUAACAAUUACCUGAGAGUCAUUUCUAUUUGCAAAAGGAUUCAUAACAAAGCGAAUAUAAUUUUCUUGUCAUUGUACCAUGCUUGUUGAAUUUUAAUGCAGCAUUUUCAGAACUUGUCCUAAUGGUGUCUUGUUGUGUCAGCACCAAAUAUUUGUGCAUUAUUUGUGGAGUUCCUCGUCACAGGAAGAAUCUUCUGUUGCCUUAUUUAUUUUUUUUAAUUGAAGUCUCUUCUCUGUCUUUGUACUGGAAUCAAAAUCAUAAGGAAAACAGAUCAACCAUAUAAGAGCUACUCUGUGACACUAUGCAGUAUUGUUUGAAGUCCUAUCUGUUGUUCAACCUCUGUCUCUUUACGUUAACCGGAUUUCUGCAUUAAAUGAGUGCCCCCUUGUUAA